AUGAGUCCAAUCGAGCCCGUCGUUUCCGCACAGGAGCCCUUGCCGCCCGGCUAUGGCUUUCUCAGAAAAGGAAACCCCUUCAUGACCGCCCUUUGCCGCCGCAAGACGCAUGCUGCACACAAAGCUCUCUACGUGGUGCGGGACAAGCGAGCUAUCGUCGGCCUCCGCGCCCCGAAAUGGAUCUUGAGCGAGGUCUACCAGGAAGAGCGCGAAAGUAGAUUGAGGCGGCAAGCCAAUGUCGAGAAGCGUGACAGUGGCAUGGAGAACGAGUUCAGAGGCGCUAUUGAACGAAUGUUUCCCAAUGUACCACCAGAAGCUCUCACCAAGAUCAUCAAGCGGGCCACGAAGAAGAGAACCGGGAGGGUAGGGAGGACAGCAAAGCUGACGCUGGGCGAAAAGGUGCGCCUUGCAGUAGCCGCCCACAUUCGACAUUGUCAUACACCAUACGAGCGGAUCUUGGCCAAGGCUGCCAAACGAGCAGCUGUCCGGCGAACAUCCGCAACUCUGGAGCUAUCAUCUGGUGGUGGCUUGCAACAAUUUUCCCAUGACGACCAAUUCGAGUUCGCUGUGGACCAUGACGACCCAUUCAACCUUCGCAAAGGCGAACAUCCCGGCGCCAAGGUAUUGAAACAGCGGGUGGUGGCAGCUCGCACAAGUGGGCGCCUCAACAUUGCGGCUCUUGGUCUCCAAGAAAUUCCACCAGAAGUCCUGAACAUGUAUGACUUGGAAAGCAUCGGGGCCCAGGAUGGCAGCUGGGCCGAAAGCGUGGAUCUCACCAGGCUUGUGGCCGCUGAUAAUCAGCUCGAAAAGUUGGAUGACGCCAUCUUUCCCGACACGAGCCUGGAUGCGCUCCGGGACGACGAUGAUAGCCAGGGCAACAUUUUCGGUGGUCUGGAGACACUCGAUCUGCACGGCAAUCUGCUUUUCCAUGUGCCAUUGGGCUUCCGUCGGCUCACACAGCUGACGUCUCUCAAUCUGUCAUCAAACCGGCUCGACAAUAGCUGCCUCGAUGUAGUCUCACAGAUGACUAGUCUUCGAGACCUAAAGAUGGCGAACAACUCUUUGACCGGUCCACUAGAUGCAGCAAUCGCAAGUCUUGAGCUACUGGAAAUGCUCGAUGUCCACGGAAACAAUCUCUCUGCUCUGCCCUUGAGCAUGGAGAAGUUGUCGCGGCUGCGCAUCUUGAAUUUGAGCGAGAACCACCUGGAGUCGCUGCCUUUCGAUGCUCUGGCGAAAAUGCCACUGACGGAGCUCACUGUGAAGAAGAACAGGCUGAGCGGAACCCUUAUCCAGGAUUCUGUUGGGAUGCUCCCUUGCUUACAGUCACUGGACGCAUCUUCGAAUCAGCUCACCCAGCUGAUAUCACCAGACACCAGUAUCAGCCUUCCUGCGGUCCAUGCUGUGUCGCUAUCUAUGAACAGAUUGCGAGCACUGCCAGACAUGUCGUCGUGGACAAACCUUCUGACGCUGGCUGUGGACGAGAAUAGUAUUGCCACUAUUCCUAACAGCUUCACUGGCCUCGAGAAACUGCGCCACGCUGAUUUUGCGAGUAAUGAUAUCCGCGUCGUGCCCCCGGAGAUCUCUCGAAUGGCUGCUUUGGCUGUGCUUCGGUUGGCCGGCAACCCUCUACGGGACAGGAAGCUCAUAACCGCUUCAAUCGACGAGCUCAAGGAAACACUGGCGGUGCGAUUGGAGCCGCCGCCGCCUUACCAAGAAACUAGAGAGCAGGCGACGAUUACUGGAUUGAUGGAACGACUCGUGGAGCUGGACAGCAAGGCGAUGCCUGCAGUGGACUUGUCCACCGGCCACGAGGCAAUAGAUGACGAUUGCCGAUCCGACGGCGAUGACCACUUCGCAACGCCGCCCACCUCAGCGCCGCAUUCGCCUAGUCGGUCACGGUCUCACACGAUAGGCAGCGACUUGUCGAUGUCCCCGAGCAAGCAGACACAGGGCUGGAUUGUCAAGGCUGGCGGUCUGGUUGACCGAUCGCGGACGGAUUCAUCCGUGCUGGACCCUGCGAUGUGCACGGCAUUGGCCGCUCAACAUCAGGUGCGGCAGGCACAGUUGCACCACAACCUCUUCACUUGCAUCCCCGCCUCCUUGAGCGUCUUCGGGGCGACUCUUAGUUCGCUCUCGCUGACGCAUAAUCAUCUGGCUGGCGACACGUUCUUGACUGCGCGACUGGAACUGCCUGCACUGCGGGAAUUGAACUUGGCAUCGAACCACAUCACAAGCCUGCAAUCAUUGAUCCAACAUCUCGACUCUCCGGUCCUGGAGAAGAUUGAUGUCUCCCUGAAUCGCAUCAAAUCUCUGCCGGAGAACUUGAAGCAAGCCUUUCCCCAACUAACAGUACUAUUGGCUGCAAAUAACCAGCUAAAUGAGCUUGACGCCGAGACAAUCAGAGGCUUGCGGAUUGUCGACGCAUCCAACAACGAUAUUGCGUAUCUGAACCCUCGCAUCGGGCUGCUUGGCGGGCAUCAGGGACUGCAUAGACUCGAGGUAACGGGCAAUCGGUUCAAAGUCCCUAGGUGGAAUAUUUUGGAACGCGGCACUGAGGCAACGCUGCAAUGGUUGCGAGGGCGCGUACCCGCCGAAGACAUGGCUGCAUGGAAGGAGGAAAACGGCGACGACAGUGACUCGACUGGCGAGUGA